AACUGUACAGGCAUAGCACACUUCUAUUAAUGUUAAGGAACACACGUGUGUUUUGAUAUGUGAUACAAGUAAAGUAAGAACAAAAGCUGAAGUUAUGGUGGCGUUGGGAUUUGACAACCCUGUAUUUUCCCAGUUUGUUUGCUAUUCCAUCCUUCUGAUUCUCGAGACCAUAGGUAUCGCGCUAUUGGUCAUACGAAUUCGAGUCAAACGGAAGGUGUUUUCUUUUCCAGAAGACUGUUCGCAGUUUAUUGUUGGAAAACACCAUCUUAAGCCAACUGCCGAUGAUGCCCAAAUCAAAAGGCUAAGAAGGAUGGAAAAUAUAAAUGAACCAAGCCCUAAUGUCGGUAUAUCAACUGGAAAAUCUGAUGAGACUUGCACUACUGUUGCCGACAGCAUCUUGGCAGGAAUUCCAGUGACUGCAUCCAAUGGUUUUUCAGAUGCUCCAGUUGACAUAAAUCCAGAAGUAAUGUCCACAGAAUCAGAAAAUCCCCAAACUACUGUAUUAGAAACAGUAACUCUAGUCACAGAACCUGCUGUGGCACAGCUCCCUGACACAGUGGCCAUGACACAAGACCUGGAACAGUACAUGCAGCAGACACAGGAGUCCAUGCUGAUGACCACCACAGAACAGGAUGUUGUAGCAGAAAAGUCCGAGGUGGAGGAGGGGUCCCCCAGUGUCCAGCAAACAGAGACAGUCCCUGCAGCUGAAAGUGCACAAGAAGGCGACAUUGAGGAUCUUGUAAGCACAAAUGUCCUUAUACAGGUUACCAGUGAUGGAGGUGUAGUUCCUAUUGUACAAUCAACUGACAUUGAAAAAGAGGAGACUAAUGGAACAGAAAAGAAUGAAAAUGUGGAACAAGACAAAGUUGAGCUGGAAACGACAGAGAAGGAAACCCCUGAACCAGAAGCUGAAGGGACUUUGGAGGAAUUUAUCAUGGAACAAGGUACAGGAGAUGAAAGUGAGGUAGUAACACCUGAUGCAGAAGAUAAUCAACAGGAAAUGAAUACUGAAAAUGAAAACGCAGAUGAUGUGGAGUCUGCUGAUGACAAUGGUGUCAAUAUUGAUGAUGACAAAAUGGAGGAGGCUGUGGAUGAAGAGUUAGAGGCAGAAGAAGAUGUAGAUGAAGGUGAAACAGCAGAAGAAAUAAAAGAAGAGGAGGAAGUGGAGAAGGAAGCGGAGGAAGAGGAAAGUAAGACACAAGUAGAAGCACCCACCAAGUCUUACCCCAAGCGUAGUGGAAAAGGAAAUCAAAAUAUUGAAGAGGUGGAGGAGGAGCAACAAAGUUCUGAUGAAGGUGUUCAGGAAAUUGAGCAGCCAACCAGGGGAAGAGGUAGGAGGUCUACUGCUGCGGAGUCUGAUAAAGAUACAUCUGUUUCAGAGACACCUGAACCCAAAUCUAGAGGGCGUGGAAGACCUCCAAAGGAGAGUAAAUCCACUCCAGUUUUGAAUGAAUCUGAACCAAAAAAGAGAGGACGCAAGUCUUCUCUAAAAGAUACAACUGUUGAAGACAGCACAGAUGAAGUAACCCCAUCAAAAGGUAGAGGUAGACCCAAGAAAAAUCAAUCAGAAGUGGAGGAAACCACACCUGUUGUAAAAUCUGGAAGGCGUGGUAGAGGAAGACCAAAGAAGCAAGUUCAAGAGGAGGAAGAGGAGGAUGAAGAAGAAGAGCAGGAGGAGGAGGUAGAAGAAGAAGAAGAAAUGGUUGAAGAUGAUGAAGAGAUAGAAAAAGAAGAACCUGUAAAGAAAGGUAGAGGAAGACCUAAGAAGAAGGCUCAAGGAGAUGAAGAGCCAGUUAGGAAGGGAAGAGGUAGACCCAAAAGACAAGCUAAAGAAACUGUUGAUGAAGAGGAAGAGGAGGUUGAAAAUGAGGAACCUAAGUCUGCCAAACGUGGAAGAGGUCGUCCCAAAAAGCAAACUGACAGCGAUGUUGAAUCUACUCCAAAAAUAACAAGAAAAACCAUGAAAGAGGAGACAGAAACUCCCAGCAGUGAAACUAAGAGACGUGGCAGAGGAAAAAAGAACCAGAGUACAUACAAAGAUGAAGAUUUAGAAAUGGAAGUGGAUGAUGUACCAAUUGAACUAAGUGAAGAUGAAGAAGAAGAGGAGGAGUUUGAGGAAACAAAGAAAAGGAGAGGCAGACCCCCGAAGUCUGCAGAUGAUAAAACUCCUAAAGGAAGAGGAAGACCAAGAAAAGUAGACACUGAAGAAAAAACUCCCAAAAGAACACCAACUGUCACUGCCACAUUAUCUAAAAAACGCAGCAGAGGAGAUGAUGACACUGAAUCUCAGGAAACCACAACUGAUGACGCACCCACUCCUGCGAAGAAACAGAAAGGGCAGACAACUGAAACUACUACAUCUGAUGCCUCCACUGGACCAAAUGUUGCUUCUAUUAAAUUCGAGCAGUCUGAAGCAGGGCCAUCCACUUCCAAGAGUUCUUUGUUAAAAGAUCCCAACCAAAGUUCUCUUCAAACUGGUGAUGUCUAUGACUUCGAUCAAAUUGACAUUGACAACAUCAUGACCGCACAGCCUGGAUCAGCAAAAGACUCUCAAGGCACUCAAACAAAUUUUGUAGAAGUUGAAUUGAUUGAGGAAUCUCCUGGUAAACGAUCGGUCUUGACACAAACAGAUCCUAAACUGAAGAAGAAAAAGAUAGGUCCCAUAGCUCAAGAUAUGGAGACAAGUAUUGAUGAAGAUUUUGAUUCCCCAAAGAAGAGGAGAGGGAAAAGGGAAGAGGAUGUAGGGUUGUUCGAAGAAAUGGAGAACAAAAGAAGAGGUAUAAGGAAUACAGAGGAAGCCCUUAAUUGUCCUUUCUGUGACAAAGCUUUUAUUGGAUUGGUAAAACACAUUAAGGGGAAACACAAAGAUGAGACUGAUUAUGAAGAGGAGAUGAGAAAUGCCAAGUGGAGAGAAAAGAUCAUGAGAGUUUCAGUCCAAGGCUCUGUGGAAGAAGGAGAGCAGUGCCCUGAAUGUGGCAAAGUGGCCAAGAACAUCAAGAGGCAUAUGGAGCUUCACCAGCAAAACAGAAUGCAAAUUCCAUGUCCAAUCUGUGGAAAGGUGGUGCUCAAGACAGGAAUGAGUUCGCACAUGAGAACUGUCCACUCUGGACGUAAGCCCUACAAAUGCCCUCAUUGUGACUAUGCUUCUGCGUUCAGAGGAAACCUGAAUACGCAUUUAAAAGGAAUGCAUCUUCACACCAGGCAGUAUCUCUGCACUACUUGCAAGGCUGCAUUCAAGACCCUUGGAGCACUGAUAGGACACACUAAGAGAGUCCACGAAGGCUGGAAAUCACCCAAUCAAAAAAUCUUUAUCUGCUCAGUGUGUGAAAAAAGAUUCACUAAGAAAUAUCAUGUGGAUCGCCACAUGUUAAUCCACACUGGAGAAAAGCCACACAAGUGUGGAGACUGUGGCAGAUGCUUCAACAACAAGUCCAACCUUAUGUCCCACAUUCAGCUGGUUCACAAGAAGCUGUCGCCCUAUCAGUGUGAUAUGUGCCACGAGACAUUCAAGAGGAAGAAGAUGCUUCUGGAACACAUAGGACGCAUCCAUGUCACUGCCGGUGAGGCGGCUCAGGCCAUCAUCAGGAAGUUUGAGCUGACUGAAGAGGUAGAGGAAGAUGAUCUCUUGGACGAUUCUGAAGAAGAGGAGGAAGAAGAACAGGAAGGAGAGAUUGCUGAAGGACAGACCUAUGUGACAGUGGCUGGAGCAGAAGGGGACUACCACACAGCUGUUGUGAGUGACCCGUCCCAGAUCCUGUCUGGACAGGCCCUGACCACGCUACAGAAUGAUGCUGGCCAGGAGACCAUCAUCAUCGUACAGAGUGCCGAUGGGACCGAGAACGCGACCCACGCCAUUGUUGACCAGGACGGAACUGUGCAGUACAUCAUGCAGCAGCCUGACCAAGCCCAGCCAGCCGAAGGGGAGCAGGUGUUCACUGAAAUUCAGCAGCAGUAGAAGGAGCCCAGUGAUUCCACUGUCUUUUGUUGGUGUUUGUCUGUGGUUUGCAUGAAAAUGAUGAAUAUAUCACUCUAGGACAUUUAAAAAAGCCCCAGUUUUUAUUGUGAGAAAGAAUUUGAUGAAUGAAAGUUGAGGGUAUUUUUCCUUGAGACAAAUUUCUGGUUGACUAGUUGGACUUUUUUUUUAUUCCUAUGAGAAAAAAAGUUUUUUUGUACAAUUGAU